GAGAGCGAGAGAUAGAGAGGGAGUUGAGAGAGAGUGGGUUGUUGGCAUUUGGCACAAACAAACCAGGAAAGAAGAAGCCUGAUGGAAAGAGCCGCUGAGGACAAACAAAGACGUCUGUGACUCUUUCUGUGAGUAAACCUGAUCUUAAAAAUCACUAAAAUUAUGAUCUACAAUUAUCUUUCAGCAGAAGACAACUUUUUAAAUCUGUGUGUUUGUGUCUGACAGGUGGUGUAAGGAUGACGGUGACAUAUUCCAGCAAAGUAGCAAAUGCCACCUUCUUGAGUUUCCACCGGCUGCUGCUGCGCUGGAGGGGAAGCAUCUACAAGCUGCUGUACCGAGAGUUCAUCCUGUUUGUUCUGCUCUACACACUGCUCAGCCUUGUCUACAGGUCACACACACACUCAUAAAACACAGCUUUUUAUAUUUUUAGAAAUACUGGUACGUACAUGUGACUGCAAAAUACUCUGUUGGCACUAAAAGACUAGAGUUGAGGGUGUUGCAGAUAAAAGAUGCUCAAGCCCGAGAAAGUUUCGUCAGGUUAAUUUUCGACAGGUUAGUUACACGACUGGGUGUAAAAAGGCAACUGCAGAAAGAAAGAUUGGGAGAGAUUCAACGCUGUGAAAAACUGCAAGAGCAACUAAUCAGAAUAAUGUUCCUCUGGGUAGAAUUGGAAGUGAUCACUGGAUUUAAUCGUCUACAGUAGAGAUCAUUGGCCUACUGUCCAAAAAAUGCAGCAGAAGUGCCCUCUUGAAUGCUCUUGUUGUUGAUAAAACAGUAUAAAAUGCUCUCUUUGGUGCCGUUUUCUUAGAAAUGUUAAAGUGGCUGCUUGUCUACAAGAUUAAACAUGGCAAAAAGCCUUCUGGAUGCCUGUGCAGUAUAAGAAAAAGUGUUUGAGAGGUGCUCUGUGGGUGUUUCAUUUUUCAUUAUGUGGCAAAAAUGUUUUCUGGAAGCCUGUUCAGUUUAUGAAAAGCUAAAAGAAAUGCUCUCUGGACGCUCUUCAGGUUUAUUUAAAGCUUAAAAAGUGCUGCCUGGAUUUUUUUCAGUAGAUGCAAUUUUUAAAUUGUUACGACCUGUUUGAGAUUAUUCAAGAUGGUCUGAAAUGGUAGAAUGUUUUUAUGAGCUACACAUCAAUCUGUUUAUACUGUUUUGUGUAUUUGUUGUUUGGUCUUUAAAGCUACCCCAAUAAGUUUUUUUUUUAUAUUCAUAAAAUAAUCUUAAAGUGAUAGUAAUGCUAGUUUGUGAUAUCUAAAAGUAACCAGGACCAUCAAGGGCAAAAAAGACAAUUUGAAUAUCAUGUAUAUUGAUGCCUAAAAACGGUGCGAGGGGGUAGGUGUCAGCAAAGCAGCUAAAGAAAAAGUCCAGUUUUUAUGAAUUCCACCAAAAGUGCUCACCAGAAAUGAUAAGUCAACAGAACAGGAUUUUUAGCUUUUAGAGAAUAAGACCAACAAAUAUUGCUUUGUCCACAGGGGGCACCAAAGUGGACACGAACUGAAAGUUCCUUACAGGAGCUUUAAAAACUGUGAAACCUAACCUCAAAAUUAAUUCUGUUUAUGUUCCUUAACAGUCCGAACUUCUAAAUUAUGAAAAAAUUAUUGGUAGUUACUAUAGCUGCGAUGAUGACAAAGUGACAUUAAAGCCAAGUACUAAUGCUAAGAUGGAGAUCAUGUUUGUACUUAUGUAUCAGAGUGGAUGUGUUCUAGUUGUUGGUUUUAACAUGUUUUUUUUUCCACUGUGUUGCAGAUAUUUUCUCACUGGUGACCAGAAAACGUUGUUUGAGAAACUUUCGAUGUACUGUGACAAAUAUGCAGAGCAGAUCCCUGUCACCUUCGUCCUUGGUACGUCUCCCUGUUUCCUUCAGUCUGUUGAUAAGAAGAAACCUCUUUUAAAGCCUGUUUUGUUUAAAUUGUUUCAAUUUGCUGCUAAUUCCUGUACAUAAACAAGUCUUGCCAGUACAAUUUUUUUCUAUCAGAUCUGCUGUUUGUAAUCAUGCUGCAGGAAAACUUCUGUUUUCUUCAUCAUGAUACAAAAAAAUCUGGAUUUGUCUCCAGUUUUCUCUGACGCUGCAUGACUGAAACCUCCCACAGACCUGACACACUAACCCACUGAAGGAAUACUUAACCAGGACAAGUUACAGCCCAUUAUCAUUCCAGACUUCACCCUGAUGAAGACUCAAUCGUUUACUAACGUGUCGGGUAUCCACAAACAAAGUGCCCUGCGACUGUAUGGUGUUAUUAAUAAUCACAGGUGGAACCAUGCUAAUAUUAGUCCUCUGAGACCACGGAUUUAUAAGACAUGUGAGCGCUUUGUUUAGAGAGUGUAUGAUGGAUUGUGAGCUGUAGAAAAAAGCUGCUGAAUAAACACAGAGACAACGCAGCUAAGAAUACUUUACCCUUUAUAUUCUGAAACUACAUCUUAUUACAGCAAACACACGCAAAAACAAUCAACUAACCAACUAUUCUCAUGCAAAGAUUUCCAUCAUAGAAGUGAAUUAAAAUUUUGAAGUCCAGAAAACAAAUCUGAGUUUAAAGAAAACAUCCAAAUCCUCGCUAAAUGCUAACUCCGCUUCCUGCCUGUGAGUGUUCGGUUGCCUCAUUAGCCGACUGCUAAUGGAAACAGAUCAUUAAAGAGCAGAGACGGACUAAAAGCAGGCUGAGUGUUUGUGGAUCUGAUCUCUGCUCACAAAACAGUGAAUAUCCACACUCAAGGGUUUCUCAUGAACACUCAAGGAAAAAAAAACCCUGUGAUGUACGCAGAUAAACUAAAGCCAUUAUCCUCUUCUAGUUGCUCGUCCAUAUUAUGUUAGAGAGUGCUAAACAGAAACAGAAAAAUGCAAUAAUCAUACCUGAUUGUAUAUAGCUAUAUAUAGCCUACAACACUAUAUUUUAAAAUACAAAAAAAACAUAUUAACAUUGUCACAUUGUCAUGAAAAUAUAGUCAUAUAAUGAUAUUUGAGUCAUGAUAAUAUGAAAAUAUAGCCAUGCCGGUACAUAAUUUAGGUGAUAAGGUUACAAAUAUAAAAAUUUAAUUAAAGUUGUCUGAAAAAAAGUAUUUUUUCACGUUUAAAGUCACCAUAUAAUGAAAUUGAGACACAGUAUCACAAAAUGACGGUAAAAUACAAUAAGAUUAAGUCUAGUGUAAUGAGAUUAAAGUUAUAGAUAAUAAGAAUAGAUGUAUUAAUCAAAUGAGGAUACAUGUUUAAUGUAGAAAAAACCUCAAAACUACACCGCUGAGGCUUAACAUAAAAAAAAAAUAACUUAUAAAUCUGACACUUUUGCUCGUUUCUCAGGUUUUUAUGUGACUCUGGUGGUGAAUCGAUGGUGGAAUCAGUUUGUUAACCUGCCCUGGGCCGAUCGGAUGAUGUUCCUCAUUUCCAGGUACGAUCAAACUGUGAUAGAAAUUCAUCAGUCAUUGAUUCUAGUCAUUGGUUUUUCCAUCAUCCAAUAUGUCGCUAAGGUUAGAUGGGGAUCCAGAGACUUAUUACACCUGGACUCAAACAAUAAAAGUUACAUGACCACAUAGUUAGCAGGAGAAGUGUUGGUGUUCAGAAGUGUCAGAAGAAGUUGAUGUGCUCGGUGAUUUAUACUGUUUGUUCCUCCAGCUGUGUUCAGGGUAAAGACGAAUAUGGCCGCCUGCUGCGCCGGACGCUGGUGCGCUACGUCAACCUGACCUCACUCCUCAUUUUCCGCUCUGUGAGCACCGCCGUCUGCAAACGCUUCCCAACCAUGGACCACGUGGUGGAGGCAGGUAAGAAUCAGAGAGUUUGGGUUUGGUGACAGAUUCAAGAUUGUGCACAUGUGGAGUUGAGAUGGUCUUUUUCCUGUAUUGUUCAUGUUGCAUCUGAUGGAGUUCGGCUCCCUCCUGGCUGGUCCUUCCUCUUCCUGUUACUGUCUAAUUUGACCCCAGGGAUUGGCUCAUUAUCAGCCUAUUAGAGCUGCAGGAGAACAGAGCUAGCCUCGAUGAUUAUUGCUGAUUCUUGACUGUUUGUCCAGACUAUUAGCCCUCCACUGUAAAGCAGUCAGUGUCCCUCUGAACAAAAGGUUUCUAUUCACAUGAUUCAAAGAGAAAAGCUGAACUCCAUCUCUGCAGGGCGCCUCAUUUCAUGGUGAAUCUGCUCAUAUGUAGGUUUCAUGACCCCAGAGGAGAGGAAGGUGUUUGAGAACGUCCGCUCUCCUCACCUUAAGUACUGGAUCCCUGUCGUCUGGUUCACCAACUUGGCCUCCAAAGCUCGGCAAGAGGGUCGAAUUCAGGACAGCAUCGACCUGCAGAGCAUCCUUCAGGUCACUAACGAUCAACAUUUACAUUCAGUGCUAUGUCCGGUUUACCUCCAUUUUAAGCGCCCGUUAUUCCGCCAGAGUCUCCGGUAUUUACUUCAUUUUCUUGCUUUUGUUUUCCGUACUUUCUGGUUGGUUUCUACUGUCCGAUGUUGUAGCACGCUAAAUUUGUUUAGGCUCAUGCACGUUAUUGGAGGACAUGGACUAUGCCUACCUACCUGCCUAUCCUGCCUACCCCACCUUAAACAGACGUUCAUUCAUUCAAAUAUCUCUGAUGUUAUAAAUGUUAGUCGAUCUCCGAACAUGGCAGAGCAUUCAAACAUGACUGGGCCGACAGAAGGAGCGUUGGCCUGAAGUAUCCAUCAGGUGUGACGUUAGCACAAAACAUUAAUCAAGGAUGUUCCCGUUGCAUUUCCCCGUCACAUGGAAAAAGGCAAUGAGGCAACCACUUCAAAGUCUCAAUCCCUAUCUGUCUGUGACCACACAAGCGAGUCAUGCUGGUAAUGCGACACCCCAGGCCAGAGGGUGACGGUCCUCCCAGCCAGAAAGUUGUGGAGUUGCUGAAAUCUGCUGCCAAACUUGGACCUGGCUGACUGACUCUGCGUUUGUGUCUGCAGGAGAUGAACGUCUUCAGGACUUGGUGUGCGACUCUGUUCGGGUACGACUGGGUCGGCAUCCCUCUGGUUUACACCCAGGUCAGUCCCUCUGCCUUGUCGUAUAUCUGUCACACUAACAUGUUUAAGAUGGAUGUGACUGCAGCUCAUCUAAUUACAUAAUUACAUCAUCGCUCGUCAUUACUGUAACCCAAUCAGAGCUCUCAGACUCCCACACAGAGGAAGAGGAGGCUCAGCGCAGUCUCUGUUUCACUCCACAGGUCGUCACUCUGGCUGUCUACACCUUUUUCUUUGCUUGUCUUAUUGGCCGCCAGUUCUUGGACCCCGGCCGGGGUUACCCAGGCCACGACCUGGAUAUUUACGUUCCUGUCUUCACCCUGCUGCAGUUCUUCUUCUAUGCUGGCUGGCUGAAGGUACUAAAAACUCCUCUUUCCACAGAAAGACUGAUUAUAUUUCAAACCUGGACCCAACCAUUUUAAGUUAACUGGCAAAGAAGAAAACCAUAGCACCAUUUUUCAACACCUGAAGUUGCUGCUAGUGCCAAAGUUGCAAAAUGUCACAAACAUGCCAGCCAGUUAAGGCAUCAGUAGACCAACAAAUCCACUGUCAGGAGAAGUAAAAUCAAGUAUUUUGGGCAACUGAUCCUGGUUUAACUGAAGGAAACAAUGCAAAAGUUAUUUUCAACCAAAGGUCUGUCUCUGUAGUGAUUCCUUCUGUUAAACUGUCAGAUACUUGAAAUAACAAACUAAGCCUGUUGAGGACAAAAACCUUCAGUGUGUGCAGGCUGAAGUCAUGUACUCGUGCAUUCCCAAAGCUGUUUUCCACAGUAGCCACUGAAAUCCCACAAUAAAAAACAAUAAGACCACAGUUCACACUUUUUGACCUCCUGUCUAUGGCUGACAGCCAAAGGUCCUUUGGUUCUCACUGAAGAUUUCAAUCUUCAGCUUCUUUAUUUUUUUUUCUCCCUUGAUGCUUCCUUUCUGACUGAGUCAUAAACAAGAGUGGGGUUGACCUUGUAUCAACUCUUAACCUUGUGGUGUUGGAAAAAUAAAAGACCUCAUAAAGUUAUAAAUAACAAACUUGAUGGACGUGAUCCAGACUGGCAAAAAAAAGCCUCACAAGUCCAACAGUUUCAAGUUUAUCUCAUGUGUUGCUCUCAGAGAAAAGUGAUUGCUUCUCUUCUCAAUCCAAAAAAAAAAAAAAAACCAAACAAGACAGGUUCAACUUUUACAGUCAUGUCAUCAAAGAGAAUUCAAGUGAGAUUUGUGACUUGCUAUCAGGUGGCGGAGCAGCUGAUCAACCCAUUUGGAGAGGAUGAUGAUGACUUUGAAGCCAACUGGAUCAUUGACAGGAACCUCCAGGUCAGCAGCCAAUCAAAGAGUCUCAAAAACUCCAAUGUUUAAAUCUUGCAGCUUUGUCAAACUGAGAACUGAGUAGGCAACUCUUCAAGAACAAACAAUAAUACUGGUUUCCAAAAGUAUCUUAUGUUUGCAUUGAACCCAAAAGCUUAUACUCAUCACUUUUUGUCCUUGCAGGUUUCUCUGCUGGCCGUGGAUGAAAUGCACAUGAACCUGCCUCAUAUGACCAAAGACAUCUACUGGAACGACCUUGAGGCCCGGCCACCAUACACUGUGGCUGCUGCAGACUACUGCAUCCCAUCAUUCCUCGGCUCCACAACUGACAUGGGGUGAUUUUUCAGUUAUCACACAUUGGCAGAUUUAAUGGUUGUGGAUUGGUUGGGACCAAAAGUGCAGCAAUGUCUGAUUUCACUGCAGCUGUUACGCAUAAAUCAGCAUUAGCAUUCAUUUUGGGGGUGAUAGCACUUGGGUAUUUGCAAUGGUAAAUGAUAUUCCCUUGAAGAUGCACCAUAGUCAAGUAAUGUUGCAGAGUUCUUUCAUGACUGGCUGUAGGUGAAUAUAUUGGAUUCCAAGAAGUUCAAAUUGUUAAAACAACUUUUGUCCAUAUGUUUUCCAGACUCUCUGACAUCCUGCAUUUUGAGGAAGUUGAUGUCAACAACAUUCAACCACAACACCCAGAAUCCAUUUUGACUUUGCGCCAAGAGUCGGUAAUGUUACUGUUUUCAAUGUUUCAAUGCACUUUUACUUUUUGGUGUAGAGAGCUCCGGCUGUUGUGGUUCUUUGUUCUUCACAGUUAUGUUCAGCCUUCAGUUUUUGACAUUUGCAGGUUCUGGGACGAGUCCGUCGGCUGCUGAGUGUUCAGGAGCCCCCUGACCUUCGAUCUCCUCGGCCCACCUUCAAACGACACAGCAGUGAUGCAACUGGAAGCUUCUUCCCAGACUUCAGGUGCGGUAUUUUAAGUAUCAUAUCGACCUAAAUAUAAGACAACCCUGGUUUAAAGUCAUUCCACUUUUGUCCCCAGGGUCCACCCAGGUCCAGUUAACGUUCACCCUCCAUCAUCUUUGGCCAUGCCUCCUCCAGCCAUGGACACUCUGUCCACUGUGAAGGAGGUCAGCAGCAACCCCCCAUCCCCCAAAGGUUCACCCUCUGCUGUUUUCCCCCGGCUCGUCAUAAGCCCACCUUUGUCAGGGGACAUCUUGCAAGGCACAGAUUCUUCUGGUAAUGGUGAAGCAGCGAGACCUCAAAAUGGACUGGACCCCUCUUCCACUGAGGAGAUUCCAGGCUUGGAAACCACAAGGUGAUUCACUGGCCUUUAUUAACUUCACACUCCAUUUUUGUCCAACCCUGCCCCCUAUGUAACCAAUUACCAAAAUCACAAGCAGUCAUCGGCAGUAUCUUCUUUGGGAAUGUACUUCUUGUUUAUCAUUUACGUUUCUUAAUGUCUACUUUCUAUUCCCUUAAUUUCAUUUGAAUUGUGACCUUAUUUGCCCAGGGCUGGCUCUGCAGUCUGUUAUUCCCCAACACAACUGGGACCCAAGGAAUUUCGCUGGACAACACAAAAUGUCCACAAUCCACCACCCACUCGACCACGAGGACGCCAGUUCUCCCUCCAGUUCUCAAGACAGAUCUCCAAAGGGUCAAUCCGGAGCCUACCAAGUCCUAAGGGUCUGGGAAGGCGGAGACGAAUGCUGGCUCGAUUCCAAUCCAGGCGAUCUCCUGGCCCCCCUUCUGACACUUUACAAAUCCCUGACUCUGAGUUUGACCAAGACUUCCAAGCAAUGGCAGGAACUGAGGAUGACAACAAGGAAGGAACCAACGAAAGCCAAGAAAUCAAAAACCCAGAGUCCCAAUCACAGAGCUCUGAAAAUGUAUGAGAACCUCUUACAGUGACUGAACUCUGCAAAAAAAUGAGCCUGUAUGCAAGCUGGUGUUGACAUUGUCUAACAAGGAAGGGCAACUAAGACCAGGUUGAUUUAAAACACUCUUAUAGGAGUGCUGAGAAGAGUUGGUUGUUUCCAACGUUGUCAUUAAAAAAAAUGAACCUAAACCAAAAAACACCAAAGAGUGUAGAAAAUUCAAGAAACAGUAAGCAAAGAUGGGAGGCGCAAACAAAAAAAGUGCCACAGCUGUGUGCCAAAAGCUAAAAACCUGCCAACCUGCCUUUUAUUUUAAAAUAAAAGCUGUGGUCUGAUAUAUUGUAUUCUUACUUGGGUGUUUUUGAAUGAAAUAUAAAAAUCUGAACUAAAAAAAGUCAAUGCUACAGCACAGUACAGACAAAAACUUUCUAUGCUGACCACUGAUUGAAAAAUUUACUCAGGAACAAGAAGU